AUGAAGACCACGCGGGUGUGCGCUAUCCUCCUGCUCAUCGGCUGCACAGCGACUCUCUCCGCCGACACCAAUCAACCCGAAUACGUGAAACAAUGCUCUCGCAGCGAUCCAAAACUGAUCACUUGCCUGAUCGACGCUCUGCACCACUUGCGGCCAUACCUGAGCGCCGGGAUACCUGAAAUCGAGCUGCCCGCCGUGGAACCGUUCCGUAUGGACGAGCUGACUCUCUCCCUGACAGGUGGUGUGAACGGUUAUAAGGUCCAGCUACGCGACCUCUACAUUAGGGGAGCGAGCAACUACACGGUGGAGGACAUUAAGCUUGGCACAGCGUUUCAAGCCAACGUGCGAUUGCCAGCUUUAAUAUUAGACGCGCAUUAUUCCAGCUCCGGAGUAUUGAUAAUUCUACCCGCGAGUGGAAAUGGCACAUUUCACGCGCGUUUCGGUGACGCCAGGGCUCUAGUCAAAGGAAACGUGUCGACGAAGCCGCGGGACGGAAAGACGUAUCUAAACGUCGACAAACUUGAUGUCGAGCUGCGAGUGAAGGACGUGCAAAUGCGAGUCCGCAAGAUCUUUAACAACAAUCGAAUACUCACCGAGGCGACCAAUCUUUUCCUUCGAGAAAACGGACAAGAGGUGUUGAAAGUGAUGGAGCCGCAGCUGAAGAGGAAGCUAUCGGCGCUCUUCGCCGGAAUCGUGAACCAGUUGCUGCGGCACGUGCCAGUUGAAACGUUCCUCACACCUUAG